AUGCAUGGCAUCCUCAGUCUUCUCGUGCUCUCGGCCGUCGCCGUCUCGGCCGAGCACCCGGUCACAGGGGGGCCCAACCACUCGAGCAACCACCACGUGAUCCCGUCGGGCAGCGGCGACGGCUUUCCCGACGUUGAAAUCCCCCACUCUGGCCUCGAGUCGGACCACGACGAGCUCCGCCAACGCCUCUUUGGGUUUGACCAGCGCCCGUUCAACGGCUCCGAAGACCGCCCGCACGUUUCCUUCAAUGGUUCCGAAGACCGUCCGCACGGUCCCUUCAACGGCUCAGAUGACCACCCUCAUUUCGUCUUCAACGGCUCCGACGAUCGUCCGCACAUUUUCUUCAAUGGCUCGGAUGGUCGUCCGCAGUGGCGCCCGUACGGCUCGAAAGUCGUUCCGCACGACGAUCGUCGCGUCAACGGUUCGACGGACGGCCGCCCCACCGAUGGUUUCAACGCGUCCGACGCUCCGCAGCACGGUAGCUUCAAUGCCAAAUCUCUGCGCGGCUCCCGCUCGUCGAGUGGAAACGACGAGUAA